CUGCCUUGGUCGGCGCCGUUUCCAGUUGAGAGAUGGCGGCCGCCGCAGGUAGAUCGCUCCUGCUGCUUCUCUCCUCACGGGGCGGCGGCGGGGGCGCAGGCGGCUGUGGAGCGCUGACUGUCGGCUGCUUCCCGGGGCUGAGCGUCAGCCGACACCGACAGCAGCAGCAGCACCACCGGACGGUGCACCAGCGGCUCCCAUCCUGGCAGAACCUAGGAGCUGUUUACUGCAGUACUGUUGUGCCCUCUGAUGAUGUGACAGUGGUUUAUCAAAAUGGGUUACCAGUGAUAUCUGUGCGGCUACCAUCUCGGCGUGAACGUUGCCAAUUCACUCUCAAACCUAUCUCUGACUCUGUUGGUAUAUUUUUACGACAACUGCAGGAAGAGGAUCGAGGAAUUGACAGAGUGGCAAUCUAUUCUCCAGAUGGCGUUCGUGUUGCUGCCUCCACGGGGAUAGAUCUCCUCCUCCUCGAUGACUUUAAGCUGGUCAUUAACGACAUAACAUAUCAUGUACGGCCCCCAAAAAGAGACCUCUUAAGCCAUGAAAAUGCAGCAACACUGAACGAUGUGAAGACACUGGUCCAGCAACUCUAUACCACGCUGUGCAUCGAGCAGCACCAGUUAAACAAGGAAAGGGAGCUUAUUGAGAGACUAGAGGUCCUCAAAGAGCAGCUUGCUCCCCUGGAGAAGGUACGAAUUGAGAUUAGCAGAAAAGCUGAGAAGAGGACUACUUUGGUGCUAUGGGGUGGCCUUGCCUACAUGGCCACACAGUUUGGCAUCUUGGCCCGGCUGACCUGGUGGGAGUAUUCCUGGGACAUCAUGGAACCAGUUACCUACUUCAUCACCUACGGAAGUGCCAUGGCAAUGUAUGCAUAUUUUGUAAUGACUCGCCAGGAAUAUGUUUAUCCAGAAGCCAGAGACAGACAGUACUUACUAUUUUUCCAUAAAGGAGCCAAAAAAUCACGUUUUGACCUAGAGAAAUACAACCAACUCAAGGAUGCAAUUGCUCAGGCAGAAAUGGACCUUAAGAGACUGAGAGACCCAUUACAAGUGCAUCUGCCCCUCCGACAGAUUGGUGAGAAAGACUGAUUGCAAAGAGCCUGUGGAUCCCGGUGGAAAGAACGCCUGUUUAUAACUCUCGCCUUUUUAAUUAAAGCAUUGCAGGUGGACCCUGGGAGCCAUGUGGGAGUAGAGGGUUUUUACCUUUAAUUAUAAAACAAAUACAAAAGGGAUCUUAGUAAAGAGAGCACCAGGCAUUGUGGAAUGUAAGCUCCAAGGGCUUAGUGAACCCUGUCUUAAUCAAGCACCUCAGUCUCUGAAUGAAAUAAUGCAGUUACAUAGCUGAGACUAAAAAUAAAUGAUGCUGGGCUAUUCACCUGCAUCUCCUUCACAGAAUCAGUAAAACAGUCACACACACCAGCACCCUACUCAACUCUAUUGUUUUUUAAUUUAACAUUUCUUAUUUUUGACAUAGGAGUAAAUGAUAUUCCAGAAAAGGAAAUUCUCAUAAAUGUAGGUGGCAAACAGAGUCUGUGCCCAUGCAAUUCACAUUUGUUUUUUAGUUGGGCUCAGUCUCUAAAAAGUUGCUAGGAAUUUCUUCCUCCUCUCCAUCCCACAACCCCUUUACUAACCUCUGUCCUGUCAGUCUCACUAACUUUAUCCAAAUGAUCAUUGGAACCAAUUUAUGACUGUUUGAUUAUUGAAACUUGGAUUGUCCCCAAUACCUUCCUAAGAUGUAUGCAUAUCCCAAUGCUCUAGAUCAGUAUCUAGAAAUCAUUGGCAAUACUGCAUGAAGUUUUGGGGGGUUUUCUGUUGUUGUUUUGUUUUUUGUUUUGUUUUGUUUUUGUCAGUCGUGGGGCUUGAACGC